AUUAUUUCUCUUGGAAAGGUAAAAUAGUUUUAGUAGCAUUUAAAUCUUAAUAUUUUACAAUAUGCAAGAUAAAACUAAAUUUUAACCAUACUACUCAGCCCAAUCUAAAGCCCAAAUAUUAUAUAAAUUAAUAUACAAAACCCAAAUAUUUUUCAAACCCUACACCAACCAGCUCUCACCCAACUCUAUCUCCCUUUCUCUAACUGCCGCCGCCGCCAAGACGACCACCGCCGCCUCUGCCUCACCGACGUUCCUUCCACCCCGUCCCGCCGUUCCACCGCCCUGCCUCAUCAGUUCUUGCAGCUCUACUUCACGACCGCUUGCCUCACCUACCCCACCGACCACAGCCAGCCGCCGUUGGCUUCUCUGUCCACCGCCGUACACCGGCAGUUCUUUAGGCCAGCUGUCGUCCACUGUUGUCCUCUACUUCUCUUUCCCUCCCUCCUCUCAUUUCCUUCUUCUCGUCCCUGCCUCGCCGCUCCACCACCGCCUGCCUCGCCUUCCUCACCCACCACGCCGCCUCGCCUUCGUCAAUAUUCUUCAUGAUUGAAUUUCAUUGACUGCAUUUUGCUUCAAGUUUCCUCGAAAAAGUGGAGUAACAUAUAGCGGUUUUGUGCAGUAAUAUUUGGGGGUUUAUUCUUUUCUUGGAUCAAUGUUCGAUCUGUGAGGAUUUGUGGAGACUGCAAUCACAGAAUUAGUCCACAAAAUGCAUGUUAUAGUCCAAUCUAUUUUAAAGUGUUUCAAAUCUUCUUCAAGAAGUUUGCAUUUGGUUGGACCAUUUGAGAAGUCACUAUUGCUCAAUAGGAGUUGCCUUUUUUUCUAUCCAAUGGUUGUCAUUUCUCAAAAUGACCAAAAGGGCAAAAAAAUAGCUUUACAAUUUCCCACCAAAAAGGACAAAUAAGUCUUUUCAUUAAACCGACACUUUAGAUUAUGAUAUAUACGCCCAAAUUGACCUAAAUGCUUCGCCUUUCACAUGAAGAACCAUUGUCACAGCCGCCGCUUCCCCAAAAAUAUCCCCAGAAUUCACUCAAUCAACUCAGUUUUGAAUCAAACUACCGAAUCAUAUGCAAUCACUUCCUCGAAUUCACUCGCGGCAGGAAUCUCCUCAAAGGCCAAUCCCUUCACGCCUACGUCGUUAAAUCAGGACUCCAUUUGAUACCUCUUGUCUGCCACCAUUUGAUCAACUUCUACUCCAAGCUCCAGCUCCCGUAUAGCUCGGAGCGAAUAUUUCACGAAACUCAAUUCAAAUCUUCCACCACUUGGAGUUCAAUCAUAUCGUGUUUCGCUCAAAAUGAGCUUCCCUUUCACGGAUUUGAGUAUUUCAAGCUGAUGCGUCGCAACGAUGAGAUGAUUCCUGAUGAUUAUGUUUUGCCGUGUGUGAUGAAAGCUUGUGGUAUGAGUAACGAUCAGUUUAUGGGGAAAUCUGUUCAUUGUCUCGCGAUGAAAACUGGGUUUGAUGCGCAUGUGUUUGUGGGGAGCUCUGUUGUUGAUAUGUAUGCAAAAUGUGGGAGUUUAGGUGAUGCGCGGAAGGUGUUCAGCGAAAUGCCUGAGAGAAAUGUGGUAUCCUGGAGUACGAUGAUAUACGGCUAUGCCCAAACAGGGGAGGACGGAGAGGCCUUGAGACUCUUCAAGGCUGCGUUAUGGGAAGGUUUGGAUGUUAACGACUUCACAUUCUCGAGUGUAAUUCGAGUUUGUGGGAAUUCAACUUGGUAUGCAUUAGGGAAACAAAUGCAUUCUUUAUGCUUGAAGAUGUAUUACUAUGAAACUAGCUUUGUUGGUAGUGCCUUGAUCUCUAUGUACUCAAAGUGUGGCGUGAUAGAGGAUGCCUCUCGAGUGUUCAACGAGGUUUCGGACAUAAAUCUGGGGAUGUGGAACGCGAUGAUGAUUGCUUGGGCGCAGCAUGCUCAUACAAGGAUGGUGUUUGAGUUGUUAGAGAAAAUGGUGAAUAAGGGAACAAAGCCGAAUUUCAUCACAUUUUUAUGCAUACUCUAUGCUUGCAGCCAUGCCGGCUUAGUGAAAGAAGGAAAGCAUUAUUUUGCAAAGAUGAAGGACUAUGGAAUCGAGCCAGGAAGCCAGCAUUAUGCAUCAAUGGUGGACUUGCUUGGCCGAGCUGGGAAAUUGCAGGAGGCAUUGGAAUUAAUCGAGAAGAUGCCUAUGCAGGCGACUGAGGCUGUUUGGGGAGCUUUCUUGACUGGAUGUCGGAUUCAUAGAAAUACAGAGCUGGCAAGUUCUGUGGCUGAUAGGGUCUUCGAGUUAGGGCAUGUGAGCCCUGGCCUACACAUGCUAGUAUCCAAUGCUUAUGCGGCUUCUGGAAUGUUCCAAGAGGCUGCAAGGGCGAGGAAGAUGCUCAGAGACCGUGGGCAGAAGAAGGAGCCGGGUUUGAGCUGGGUGGAGGAAGGGAACAGGGUUCACACAUUUGCUGCAGGGGAAAGGAGACACGAGCUUUCAUCGGAGAUAUAUAGGAAGCUGGAGGAGUUGGAGAAGGAGGUGGAACAUGCUGGUUAUGUGAUGGAUACAACACAUGUGCUGAGAGAAGUUGGUGUAGAGGAGAAAAAUGAGAGCAUUAGGUAUCACAGCGAGAGAUUAGCCAUUGCCUUUGCGCUUGUGACCUUCCCACCCGAGAGGCCUAUUAGGGUUAUGAAGAACUUGCGUGUAUGUGGUGACUGCCACGUAGCUAUAAAGUACAUAUCCAAGUGCACCGGAAGGGUCAUAAUCGUGAGAGACAACAACCGGUUUCAUAGGUUUGAGAAUGGGGAGUGCUCUUGUGGCGAUUAUUGGUGAUUGAGUGGGCAAGGUCUUCCUCUCGUAGUGAAGGCGUAGAUGAGAGUUGGAGGGAAGGUGGAAAGGGUUGGUUGAGGAAAGAAAAUGUAGUGCAAGAUUUGAGCAACUGAAAAUGGCUUCAAGUAUGAAUUGGAGGAUUCAUUUUCUUUAAACUCUACUGAGAAGGAUGGCAGAUUAAGAAUGUCAAUCAAUUUUGAAUUCAUUGAAUAUCCAUGCGUUUUUUUUCCAUUCUUUUGACCAGGUUGAAGAUCCAUGCAUGUAUGAUCCAAAAGUUAAUUAAAUUAACUGCAUUUAAUGUAGGCCGAUUAUCAUUUAUCAGUGAUCGGACGGUGGCGAAGCCAAGAUUUUGACGAGGGCCCAAGCCAAUGUUAACAACUAGUACAUGUAUUUUUCAGUGCCAGUAAUGCCAGAAGUUAUCAUUCUUUCAAUAAAUUUUCUAUACAUUUUUAAUCAUAGAAUUUCAGUGGUAGUAUUUUUUUAUCAAAUGUAUGUAAAUAUAUAUUUUGAUUCAUUAUUUCAAUAUUAUACUACUCUUUAUUUUAUUA